AUGGCUUCCCAAUUUCUGCAUCAACCUCGUUUUAUUCAUCUUCAAGCCGUUAAGCGCAUCUUCCGCUAUCUUAAAGGCACUCCUGCUCAUGGGUUGCAACUGGAAAAAAAUAUUUCCAACUCCUUAACUCUAAUCUCAGACUCGGACUGGGCGGGAUGUACAACAACUCGUCGCUCUACCUCUAGAUUUUGCAUUUUCCUUGGGAGUAAUUUGAUAACUUGGUCUAUAAAGAAACAAUCAACUGUUGCGCACUCAAGCACCGAAGCUGAAUAUCGUGCUCUGGCUGUUGCCACUGCCGAUGCUAUAUGGAUACAAUUUCUUCUCCGUGACUUGGGUAUUUAUCUAUCCACUCCUAUUCUUGCCAAAUGUGAUAAUAUUGGCGCCAUCCAUCUUGCACAUAAUCCGGUCUUUCACUCAAGAUCCAAACAUGUUGCUUUGGACUAUCAUUUUAUUCGUGAAAAGAUUGCCCAAGGUGACCUUACAGUUUCUCAUGUUCCCACCGCACAAUAG